AUCAUCCGACUGUCAGUUCAGUAUUGUCUACAGUUCGGGCAAAGGUCCCGGUGACGGUCCCCGACGGUUCCCAUUUCUACGGGCAUUAUUCACACAAAUGAUUAAUGAUAGAACCGCACCGGUAGUAGUGACCAGUAAUGCCAACGGUGGUGGUGCCAAAAAUGGUGGUGACAUCCAUACAAGUGAUUCAUUGAAAUCUAGAUCUGAAACAAAAGGGAAUACCAAUGAAAAUCUACAGUCAAUGGUUAACAUUAUGAAUGACAUCAAUACUAAAAAUGCCGCCUCCCUGUCCACCAAAACCCGGGGCUUUUUUCUCAUCAAUAUAUUGUCGCGAAUGCUUAAGUCAGUCAACUUUACUGAACUAAGCGUUCAGAUGCGUGACGGCAUAUCAUCCCGUGCCUCGUGUUUGGCCUGUAAUGCUGUGGCCGGUCUACUAUUGAGCUCAAUCUACUCAAAGGAGAUGAUGACAGUAGCGGUUAAUACUGUCUGCACUUCAUUUAGGUUACAAUCGCCAAGAGUUUGCUCCGGAAUUGUUGAAUCAUUUAAAGACGAUCUCGAUUAUAUCAGAACCCAUACGACACUGAAAAGGGGUGAAAUGUGUGGAGUCAUAUUUGGUAUGGACUGCGCCCGUAAAACAACCAAAAACCUCAAUUGGACUAUCGCUUUGCCCGACAGGCAAAAUAUGGCCGAACGUCGUGAGGACGGCUCCGGAGACGAGGAGUUCAUCGAAAAUGCCAAACUCAAGUCGCACACCAAAGUAGUUCAGGUGACCGACCUUCACAUCGAUCCGUAUUAUACACCAGGAAGUAAUGCCGAUUGUGGCGAACCCUUAUGCUGCCGAUCGUCCAAUGGUGUGGCCAUCAAUGCCGACAAAGCGGCCGGUGUUUGGGGUGAUUACCGUAACUGUGACUUACCUAUAUCGACAUUAAGACACGCAUUGAAACACAUAUCAGAAGUUCAUUCAAAUGCCCUGUACUGGAUGUGGACGGGAGAUAUAGCGCCCCACGAUAUCUGGAACGUGACUCGACAUGAGGUGUUGUCACAAAUCAAAUUAGUCACAAAUCUUAUGAAACAAUACAUACGAGUGCCCGUAUAUCCGGUAAUCGGCAACCAUGAGGGGGUCCCAGUCAACAGUUUCCCACCGCCUGAAGUCAAAGGAGAUAAUUCAAUCUCAUGGCUAUACAAUGCAGUGGCGGAUGAAUGGGAUUAUUGGUUGCCAAAGGAUGCCAUCAAAACGCUCAGAUAUGGCGGCUAUUAUACAGUUAAGCCGCGCUCCGGGUUUCGCAUAGUUUGCAUUAAUACCAACUAUUGUGCCCGACUUAACCCAUGGAGUCUGUUUAAUCCGGUAGAUCCGGCCAAUCAACUCAAAUGGCUUAGCUCUGAAUUAUUCAAAGCGGAAACAGACGGCGACAAAGUACAUAUCAUUGGUCACAUACCGCCAGACAAUCGGGAGUGUACUCAGGCCUGGCUCUACAAUUUUCUCAGGAUUAUCGAUAGAUAUCAGGACACUGUUUUGGCCCAAUAUUAUGGUCACACACAUCGGGAUGAGUUCCGGCUACUGUAUUCACCGUAUUAUCCGGAAAUGCCAAUCAAUUUGGCAUAUAUUGGACCCAGUAUUACACCGUUUACCGAAAACAAUCCAUCCUAUCGUCUCUAUUAUAUGGACUCCGAUUCCUAUCUCGUGGACCACGAAACCUACUAUUUUAAUCUAACGGAUGCCAAUCGGGGAAAGAAAGGCCCGAAAUGGGUGUCCGAGUAUAAGGCUAUGAAGACGUUUAACUUGACAUCUAUGUCUCCCCAUUCGUGGCACGAAUUGGUCCACAAGUUUGAAACAAAUGAUAACUUCUUCCAGAAUUAUUAUAAAUUAUAUUACCGUAAGAGUGACGUCAAAAAUACGGAAUACUGUGACCAGAAGUGCAAGAAAUUUAUUUUAAGUGAUUUAACAGUUUUGCAUCCAUUGAAACACAAACCCAAAGGUUUUUUUGGUCGCAGAAAAUUAAGAGAAAGAGAGAGAGGAUCUUAAAAGAUCUCAAAAUCGCCAAUUAUUUUGAUGUCUACACCAUUGAUAUUGUUGUUGAUGUUGUUUUUCUUGUUGUUAUUAUCAUCAUUAUUGUUGUUGUUGUUGUGAUUGUUAAUAUAGGUGUUAUUAAAUCCAUUUCUUUAAAUUUAUUUAUUGAUUUUUUUUAUAAAUAUCGAUCCCAUUUGUCGCACAUUAUUAUUAUUAUCUAAAUGAUAU